CACAACAACAGUCGCCACAGUACACACAGCCAGCACAACAUUCAUUGCAGUACACACAGCUGCAGUGCACACAGCAACAACCACCACAACAACAACCACCACAGUACACUCAACAACAGUACGCACAGCAGCCACAACCAAAUUGCACGCAACAGUCGCCACCGCCAACACAACAACCAUCACCGCAGUACACACAGCAACAACAACAACAACCACAACAUUUGUCACCGCAGUACGCACGGCAGCAAUCACCAUUACAGCCUUCACCGCAGUACACACAGCAGCCACAACAGCAACUGAAUUAUACGCAGCAAACACCACGACACCAACAACAAUAUCACGCACAACAACAACAGCAACUAUCUCCACAACAACAAAAGUACACACAGGAACAGCAACAGUUGUACACUCACCAGCAGUACAUUCAGAUGGAUUACACACCGCAAUCACAACAACCAUAUGCACAACAGCAGACCCACGAGCAGCCGUACUCCCAGUACACUCAACAACAAGCGUACACACAGCCACCACAACCACACUCAUUGCCGCAACAGUCGCAGUACACACAGCAGCAGCCAGAUCACAUUCAACAUUCGCAGUACACGGAGGAACAGCAGCAGCAGUACAUCCAGCACCGUCAGAGCUUACCGCAACAGUACUACACGCAGCAGCAACAGCAACCACCACAACAACCACUACAACAGUCGCAGUACGCACAACCACAGCCGCACUCGCUCCAACAGCCAUCGCCCACACGAUUGCAGCAAGCUAUGCUGCAACCAAAGCACAGCCCGCAACAGCCGGACAUACAACCGUCGGCGCUACUGCAACAGAAGCAGCAACAGAAGCAGCAACAGCAGCAACAGCCUUUCCCGCAGUACCAGCAGUACCAGCAGUACUUACAGUACCAGCAUCAUCAUCGGCAGCAGCAGCAGCAACAGUUUACACGGAAACUGUCGGCAACACUACAGCAACAGCGUCAGCAGCAGCAGCAGCUGGAGACAAACUUGAACCAGGAGCUUGUGGAGAUGCGAGACUCCUACGAGGAUGCUUUGCUUCGCCACCAGACGCUGCGUUUCCAGGCCCUGGUGGAGGAGACACAGAGACUUGGGGAGACACGGGACAAGCUGAGACUGGAGGUUUGCGAUGCGGAGACGCGGAGACACCGAGAUACGGAGACACGCGGAGACAUGGGUGUCAUGAUGGAGGAGGUGUGGAGAUUGCGGAAGCUGUGUGUGGGACUACAGGUCUCUGUGGCGUGUGUCUGCAGAGAGCUUGACCUUCUGGGAGACACAGGGAUGCCCUUUGACCCGGAUGUGAAUUCAAACUUUCAUGACAACAUGGGUUACCCUGGACACAAGCUACCUCGAGUGAAGACAGUGGGCCACGUGAAGCCGAAGGCGCGCGUGGACGGGGCGGAAGAGGGGGAGAGCGUGACGAAGUUGGAGGAGGAGGAGGCGGUGGCGGCGGUGGGAACGGCGGAGGCGGUGGAGGCGAGCUCGUGGAACUGUAUCUACUGCACCUUCGCCAACCACGGCAGCCUCCCGCACUGCGAGCUCUGUGAGAUGCCCCGGCCAGUGUGACGUGGGGAGGAGACACUGGGAGACACUGUGAGACACUGGGAGACACUGUGAGACACUGUGAGACACUGGGAGACACUGUGAGACACUGGGAGACACUGUGAGAGAUUGGGAGACACGGGGG